AUGGCGCUUUCAGGCAUCAAGCGCAAGUGGGACUGGGCCGAUUCGCUGCGCCAAGCCGCGUCAAUCAAGGCAGCACCUGACGACUGGCCGUCACCGCCUUUCCAUCAGCCGCCGCCCGCGCCGCUGCUGCCAACACAGACCCAUAUUCCGCCCACCGUCUCGCCGAUUCUUAAGAGACCAAGAUCGGCUUCUGACCGAGACUGCCACUUCCCUCACCCGCAUCCCGUUUCCUCAUCCGCCGCCGUUCUUGCUAAUGGGAUUCAUGGCGCGCCGCGAACUUCCGUAAAGAACUCCGGACCGCGUGGCCACCUGGACGUGGAGAUUAAUGCCUCGCAUGGCGCAGCAACCGCGCCGGCCGUUGCUCCUGGGGACGAGCCUAGCCGCAAAGGAGCCGCGGCGGCGGCGAACAGGACAGCCGUCGCUGGUGAUACGAAUAUGGAUGGUGGAGUGGCGCUGAAAGAAGGGACGGAAUCGGGGACGACACGAGGCGGCAGACUCGAAGAGGGUACGGCAACGGCCGGGAAAAGCAGGAUGGGCGCUGCGACACUGGUGAUGCAAAUGGUGCUCGCUCAACUGAGCGCGAACCAGCAACGACGUCAAGCGACGCUAGCGACGAAAGCUGCGACAGCAGCGACGGUGACGGCGAAGGUGACGACGGCGACUACCCAUAGUGGUGUGGGUGGAAAUCGCGAAGAUUCUGCGAAAUGGUGCUGCGUCACACCGCCAUCGCAAAAUCCAGCCGCCGUUGCGGCCACCGCCGGCAAUGCAAGUGGCAGCGCCAACGCGCAACCGCCGCGGGCGAAUGCGACCGGUAAAGCCAACCAUAGAAGCAACUCCACGGCAGCUGUCGGGGGAGCUGCAGGCGACGGCGACUCGGUUCCGGUGCUGCUACUACCGCCGCCCGUCGCACUCCCUCCCCCUGCGCCUCAGGCGGAGGCGCAGAGUCGAGCGGCUCCCCUCGCUGCGCCAGACUUCCGCGGCCCUGCUGUGAAUGUCGCACGCCGCUCGGGCCUUCGAAUGAAUGCUAGGUUCCCGCCCAGUCACACCGCUUCAAAAAGCUCUCCACCGCCUGCCUCCGCCAACGCCGUCUUUCCUCGUAAUGCGGCUAGUACCAGUACCACCGUUACAGCUGCACUUCCGUCCGCUCUCCCAACACGUGCCGUUCCCGAGUCCUCGACUCGCCAGUGUAAUGCAACAACGGCACCCGUCAAGAAUCUCGAACCACGCCCCACCGCUCCCGCUAACGGCUCGCCCAAUAACCGCGUGGGUGAUGGUGCCAGCGGCAAUGCUGCUACUAGAGCCGUCGGGGGUGCUGGCCCGGGAAGGAGCAUGGUGUCCGUUCCCGUGUCGCUGCUGAGCCGGGUCCAAGUGCUGACUGCGCUGCUGCGCACGCGGGGACUAGAAGAGAAGAACGCCGUAGCGCUCGCUAUUCUUGUUGCUAGCAGCGGUGCUGGCGGUGCUGGUGGUGCUGGCGGUGCUGGUGGUCCUGGUGUUGCUCCAGUCGAAACUGCCGGUACCGUGCUGGAGGCAGCAGCAGCAGCAGCAGCAGCAGCAGCAGCAGCAGCAGCAGCAGCAACAGCAACAGCCGCGGUGGCCCCGGAGGCAGCAGCAGAGGCAAAAGCAAGCGGCCGGCAAGACCCAGUCGGAAGGAGAAGGUUUCCUGUGCUGAACGUUCCAGAGCAGUUCAGAGGUCUCGUGCGCAGCGAUUGGGUAUCACUGCUUGCACUGCAGCUGCGGGGUGCUGCAGCACCCGUUGCUGCCCCGGCAGCCAGCUCACCUCUCCUCCUGCUGGCUAAUGCACUCCCACAACCAGAGCUUGAGGUACACCACUUGAAGUCGCAUCAUCACCGCAUCGAAUCCCACUUCAAAGCACAUCAGCGCGACGUUUGCCAUGGAGUGGGUGCACCGCAGGAGCAGGCGCAGCAAGAGGUGAAGCGGAAGUGCAGUGGAGGCACCGGAGGAAGAGACGAGGAGAGUGUGAGGGAGGAGGGCAAUGAGGGAGGGUCGAUCAAGCGGCGGCGAGAAGGGGACCAGGGUAUGCGGAUGGAAAUGGGGAUGGGGAUGGAAGUGGUGGAGGAGCAGAGUGGGAGCAGCAGUGCCCUGUCAUCUCUGGCUCUGGUGGUGGGAGCGAUGAGCAGUGAGAGUGGAAAGGGGGAGUGA